UUAAAAGCCGAGACGAUAGCCCACAAACCACCAACGAAGGCCUAUUUCAAAAAAGCUACGCUCUCUCCGAACAUCCGAAAGUAAGUGCGACGACGCCAUUCCGGUGCUCCGGCGAGUGUGGACGCGCUUGUAAUGGCGAUUGAUGAGGGGAAAUCGGACGGAAAAGUGUGGGGACUUUUCAAAUUACCGUUCCGAAGCUCUCAAUCGACGACGUCGUCUGCGUCGAACUUCGCUAAUUAUCAGCAGAAUUACGGCUAUGGAAGCGGCAAUUCGCAUUCGAAGGUGGAGGGAUCUGGUGCUCAGGCUGGUGGUGGAGCCUCAGUUUCGUCCGUCGCUAGGUCUUUGCUCCCCACGCGCCGCCGUCUGAAGCUUGAUCCUUCGAACAAGCUCUAUUUUCCUUAUGAGCCUGGUAAGCAAAGUCGAAGUGCUAUUAAGAUAAAAAACACAAGCAAGUCUCAUGUAGCGUUCAAGUUCCAAACAACUUCACCAAAAAGCUGUUUUAUGCGUCCUCCUGGUGCCAUUCUUGCUCCCGGCGAGAGUAUAAUCGCAACUGUAUUCAAGUUUGUCGAGCCUCCAGAGAACAACGAAAAGCCCAUUGAUCAGAAAAGCAGGGUGAAGUUCAAAAUUAUGAGCCUGAAAGUGAAGGGACCAAUGGAAUACGUACCUGAACUGUUUGAUGAGCACAAGGAUCAAGUGGCUGUUGAGCAGAUUCUUCGCGUAGUUUUUCUGGAUGUCGAACAUCCUAGUCCCGCCCUAGAGAAAUUAAAGCAGCAAUUGGCUGAAGCCGAAGCCGAGCUUGAGACUCGCCAAAAGCCUUUGGAAGAGACGGGCCCAAAGUUUGUUGGAGAAGGACUUGUCAUCAAUGAAUGGAAAGAAAGGAGAGAACGGUACCUAGCCCGACAGCAAGUGGAAGGGGUAGAUUCUGUAUGAGUAUUACUAACCUCUCCCUCAAAAGUCCUGUAUUGCUGAAAAUUUCUGUGUUCUUAUUUAUCUAUCAAAAGUUGCUCUGCCAUAGUCGACAUUAGGAAAAUGGUCUGUUUGUUUGAAUGCUACGGUUGCCACUCGAAUAGCUAGUAUUUUGGCUGAUUGCCAUAUACAAAUCUGUAGAUAUGUGAUUGUUGUUUCCACGAAAGAGAGCGAUUUGAUUUGUUCCUCGUGUGCUUUCGUUUACGCAAUUUUCUUUCGGUUGUACGUCUUCUUUAUAAACUCUACUGUAAACCUUAGUAUUUCUGAGCUAUGCGUCCAAAGGCAGGAUUGCUGGAUUGCUUCUUUCUGGCAUUAUUGCAACAA